GUACUGCAGGCGGCACUCCAUAUACACAGACAACGCAUUCAAUUUGCCUCCAGUUCAGUCGUCAAUGUGGCGGGCUUUGGCACGAACGACGUUAAGAGCAGUAGCCAACUAUUGCGGUUCACCAGGAGUCGGUCUCGCACCAUCAACGCUGACGCAGCAGCAAUUGCGACAUUCCAAGGCCAGCAAAAGGUUCAUCACCACCACCUCCACAGCCCCACAACACAAUAUCGGAAUCAUGAGCGUGGAGAAGCCAAAGGUUGUCUUUGUUUUGGGCGGCCCGGGGGCCGGCAAGGGCACCCAGUGCUCCAGGAUCGUGGAUCGCUUCCAAUUCACCCAUCUCUCGGCCGGCGAUCUCCUGCGCGAGGAGCGGUCGCGGGAGGGCUCCGAAUUCGGUAACCUCAUCGAGGACUACAUUCGCAAUGGCAAAAUUGUGCCCGUCGAGGUCACGUGUUCGCUGCUGGAGAACGCCAUGAAGGCGUCGGGAAAGUCGCGGUUCCUCAUCGACGGCUUCCCCCGCAAUCAGGAUAAUCUGGACGGUUGGAACCGCCAGAUGUCCGAGAAGGUGGACUUCCAGUUUGUCCUCUUCUUCGACUGCGCCGAGGAUGUGUGCGUCAAACGGUGUCUGGGCCGCGGCCAGAGCGGCUCCGGCCGGACGGACGACAACCUGGAGAGCCUGAAGAAGCGCAUCUCGACCUACAACAACGACUCGCUGCCCAUCAUCAAGUUCUUCGAGGGCGCCGGCCAGGUGAAGCGGAUCGAUGCCAGUCCGGAUGCGGAAGAGGUGUUCGGGGAGGUGGAAAAGAUAUUGGUGGCCAGCGGCUUCUAGUUUUCCUGUUCAUAUUCCGGUUAUGUGUGUAGUGCUAUCCUUACCUUUCAUUUGUACCCUCCCAAAAAAUAUAUACGCUUGUAAUAGUAAUGCAUAAGGUACUUUUUCUUCACUCCGAUAAGAUACAAGAUACACAUGAAGUAUAGUAUACCUUAAUAUCAAGUAGAAAUUGGAGCUAGAGGCAAAAGUUAUUCUGGAAUUAUAUGUUAUCUAAAGCAAAUGGAUUGAAAACUAUUUAAAAUUUAGGAACGUUGAAGAGCAAUAAACAAUAAAUGAAAUCACCUGUUCACAUUAUGACA